ACUCGUCCCUUUUUGACUGUUGUACUCACCCUCUUUUCUCUCUCCUCAACUACCAUUUUUUCUCCUGAAAUUCUCUCUCUCCUCAAUUUGCAGUUUGCAGUCAGCUAUUGGGUGAUCUGAUCAAAUCUCCCACCUUUCUUCUUCACUUGGAAUUGGUUGGAUCUUUAAGUAUCUAGGUGUAGUUAUUUCGCAAACUUGGGGAUAGGGAAGAAACAGCAUGCUUUGGUUCUGCUGUUCGAUUGAUGUUAAUCGCUGUGUUAUUUCUUUAAACUUGUACUGUAAGGUUAUCCUGUAAAGUUUCUCGCCCUUUGCCGUUAGUCUUUAAUAUAUCUUCAAGUGUUUUCCCCUAAUUUACCAUGGGUUCCAACCACGUCGCCACUGUCCCCUGGUUCUGGUACAUUAUCAUCUAAAUCUAAGUAAAGAUAUAGAGUUGAACUAGUUUAGAACUUGUAGUAUCUCUCUGUUUUCCUUAAUUGUCAGUAUUUUAGCUAGCCUUUUUCCACUUAAAUAUUCCUUAGGUACCACUUUCCUUCAGUAAUUCAGCCUCUUUUAUUUCCUAAGUUUUCAUCUUCCUUAAUCGUACUGGUGGUCGUAUAUUGUUUGAUUUUGAGGGUAUUAUCAGAAAGGUUUUAGUAGUAGUUAUGGUGUGUCAAGGAGCAAGCCAGUCAAGAUUUCGGGCAUUGAAGCAUGAGAAUGGAAUUGCGGGAAAAGCAACCAUCAUAGUUAGAAUUAUAGCUUGUUAUCAACUUUUGCAGGAUUGCCAGGCCGAAUACUUCCGUCAAUUGCUUAAACCUAUAACGUAGAUUGGAUUUGCACUAGGCGUUGUUUGUUUUCUGCUGAAUAUUUCGCUUUUUUUUCUUCUAUAUUGUAUUCUUGAGGGAGAGGCUGAAUAUAUCGUAUUGAAGCAUCUAUAAUAUCGGUGAUUUUUUCAGUUUAAUGGUUGAGCUGAGCAGCUCUUGGCUUUGGCAGCAACAUUUUCCUUCGGAAUCAUCUGUUUUCAGAAACCGUAUGAUUGCACCCGUUGAACACAGGCAACACGAGUUUUUGCCUGCUUCUAUAAACCCUUGUAGGGUUUCGUCAAACUUGGGUUUGAAUGGAUUCGGGUAUUCUGGAUUUCCCGAAAGAGGCCAUACAAUUGAAGGUACUGGCUCAAUACAAAAACCUGUUCCCCAUCAACUUACUCAAAAUCAAUGUCACGGAGAACAAAAUCCUGUGUUUCCAGCUAGACUUGAUGAGAAACCAUCAACAUGCGAAUUACCUUGUGCUCAACAGAAGAAGUAUCUCAUCUUUGACCGUUCUGGAAAUGAAACGAGGCUAAUCUUUAGUUCCCUGUGUCCUCGGGCGGAGAAUCUAACAACUCCCGUACCUGCUAGUCCUGCUUGGAAUCUUCCAGCUGAAGAGUCAUUUGGUGCAUACCACCAAUAUGUUGCUGAAAAACAAGGAAAAAUAGCUGAACAAGCUUGGACUAAGACACAUGCUUUAUGUGAAGAGUCAGGUGAGAAUGAAAUCAUCGAUGAAAUCAGUGAAAUGCGGGAGGACACUGAAGAAAUUAAUGCGUUGCUUUAUUCUGAGGAUGAUGAUGAUGAUGAUGAUGGCUUGGAUGAUGAUGAUGAUUGUGAUUGUGAAGAAGAUGAUGAUGAUGAAGUGAGCAGUGGUCACUCCCCAUUGGCCAAAGAGAUGAGAGAUUGUGAGAAGCAAGAGGAACAAGAGUGUGAAAAAGAUUUAGAUAAUGAAGUGGGUAGUUUAGAAAGAUGUUCAAAGCGACAGAAAGGUGGAGUACGAGAAAGUCCAGUAUAUUAUGAGGGCGUCAAAUCCAAUGACGGGGAUUUCAUGAAUGAGAGAAUGAUGUGGCCUACGAUUGGAAGCAAGAGACCUAGAAAGGAUAAAAUCCAUGAUACAUUAAGAGUCCUUGAGAGUAUAAUUCCUGAUUUGAAGAGCAAGGAUCCAUUAGUUAUCCUGGAUAAAGCAAUAAGCUAUCUAAAAGGUUUGAAGUACAAUGCUGAGACAAUGUCAUCAGAAGACCCAGAUAGCUCGAGCUCCUACCAACCUUUAAAUUGAACAUCCUCCGAGUCAUACAUUCGAAGCCAGAGUUAGGAACUCAAGCUUGUAAGUAGUUCCUUAUUUGAUGUUAUACUUACUUUUUCUUCUGCUGGGAUUGUACAUAAUUGCCUAAUAAACGCAUUGCAAUUCAAGAGUGUGCAUUGGUGGGUGAGAUAUGUGGCUCAGUGGUGGUUUUCAUGGUAGCGCGAAAUGAGGCCUCUUUCAUUGUCAAUGAGUAGUAAUACCUUUUGGGACGAACAAAAAGUCUUGAGAUUUGAACGCAUGGGAGAUGACUAGUGCUGUUGGGUUGUGCUGGAAAAUGACCAGGGAAGGGACCCUGGGAUUUGAAGGAAGAAAGAGACUAAUAUGGCUUCAUAAGGUGCAUGCGCAUUAAGUUAAAAAGGCCCCCCACUCUUCCUUCUCUUUCAUUUCAGCCUUGUUGAGCUUUCAUUUCUUUUAAGAGGCCCCCCUCUUUUGUUCUUUCUUUCUUUCUUUCUUUCUUUCUCAGCCAACCUUGUCUUAAAGUGAUCUCUUAGUGGUUUACUUAGUUACUGUCAUGAGUUUGUCUGUAAUAUAUAAAUUCUGUCUUGCUUUUUGUGAGUUUGUAUACUUGAUCCAUGUACUCAGUAUUGCUUCUUGUAGUUGCACACCCCCGGGGUGUGGUUUGGUUUAAGGGCCGAUUAGUGUCUUAUAAUGUAAUAAGAGUACGUACAACUAGUCUCCUAUCAGACUGGCUGUCUUUUACUUUAAGGGCCGAUUAGUGUGUUACAGUAUAAUAAGAGUACAACUAGUCUCCUAUCAUAUUGUCUUUUAUAAGAAUUUGUGUUAACUGUA